CUUUCUCCAUAACUGAUGACUUCUCCAUUGUCCAUAUUAUUAUUGUUCCAGCUCCGUGUUGAAGAUGUAAGACACUUAUUGAGCAGCUUAAUUCCAGAGUGUGUAUUUGCUUCUGCAUGUGAGUCCAGUCCACAGUGAGUGUGUAAGCCCCUCAGUGCGCAUGGCACGAAGUAACGCGGCUGCUCUCCAAGUGAACAUGUAGAUCUGUUAUCUGAGGACUACCUCAUCUAAGGACGCACGGGGAUAUACUGCUUCUCCUCAGCCCUCUGCACAGCCUGAACGCCUCAUUCAAUCUGCUGGUUUUUUUUUCUUCCUUUUUUAAAGUGUCGGGAUGCUGUAGCCUCCAGUUCAUAUAGCGAAGAAUGAUCUCACCAUAUGCGCUGACAGGAUGUUAUGUGCCACACAUGAAAAGCUGCAGAUCCACACUCUGAGCGAGCCUUGAGGAUAGAUGACUUUAUCUGAGGACAUGAUCGGGAUUUAGAUCUGUAACUUGCAGGGAUUCGUGCGUCCUGCUGGUCUUUUGCUGUGAGACAUUUUUGGUGCAGGGGACACCAGAGGAUACUACCACACCACUGCUUGCAUUUUGGACAAAGAAGCGUUGGGCGCGCGUCUGGUUGGAUUUAAGCUGCAGUCCACUAAAAAAAACACUAACUGCAUUGCAACAACUAUUCAGAAAAUGUGUCUGAUAAGAAACCGUGCGCCUGCAGCUUUCCUCGUGAACUCUGUCGUGGAUGUACAGACUUAAAAUCCACAAGUGGAGCGUUUUUUUUCUCAGCCUCUCCGCUUUACGUAAUCUCACUUUACAACUACAAUGGGACAACGUGGAGGGCUCGCCAGUGGAAAUGUUUCCCUCAGAAGAAGUGCAGUGAGAGAGCAGCAGGACAGUGACUUCCAGGGGACACCUGCAGCGGAGUGAAUGCCGCCUCCGAUGUGGAGCUUGUCGCUGUCCGACGCGCGCCUGGUGCUGAAAUUUGGAUGAUGCCUGGCCAGCGACUGCAAGACUGCCGCUCCCUGCACCUGAACGAGGACAACGGGCGAUUCGUGCUGCUCGCCGUCCUCAUCGUCCUGUACCUGCUGUGCGGCGCCGCGGUCUUCUCGGCCAUCGAGAGGCCCUCCGAGCUGCGGGCUCACGGCCGCUGGAACGGGACGCUCCACAACUUCAGCGAGACCUUCAACAUCAGCCUGCAGGACCUCAACUCCUUCCUGCGGGAGUACGAGGCUGCCAUCGCCGCCGGGAUCCGGGCGGACGCUCUGAGGCCACGAUGGGAUUUUACAGGAGCUUUUUAUUUUGUUGGAACUGUGGUGUCGACUAUAGGCUUCGGGAUGACAACACCUGUGACAGUUGCCGGCAAGGUGUUCCUAAUCUUUUACGGGCUCCUGGGCUGCGCUGCCACCAUCCUCUUCUUCAACCUCUUCCUGGAGCGAAUUAUCACGCUGCUGGCCGUGGUGAUGAAGGCGGUGAGGGAGCGACGGAUCAUUAACAGCGGUUUGCUUCCACCGGGGAUUCGCCACGACUUCUCAAAGUACUCCCUCCCGGGCUGGAAGCCAUCUGUGUACCAUGUGAUGCUGAUCCUCGCCCUGUCAGCCAUCACGAUCUCCUGCUGCGCGUCAGCCAUGUACACCCCCGUGGAGGGCUGGGCCUACUUAGACUCGCUCUACUUCUGCUUUGUCACCUUCAGCACCAUCGGCUUCGGAGACUUUGUGAGCAGUCAGAGCGCGGCGUACGAGUAUCAGAGCCUCUACAGGGUGGCUAACUUCCUCUUCAUGCUGACGGGCGUCUGCUGCAUCUACUCGCUCUUCAAUGUCAUCUCUAUUGUCAUCAAGCAGGUGCUCAACUGGAUGCUGGAGAAAAUGAGCUGCUUGUUUUGCCAGCGCUGUAACAAGGCCAACGUCCUCCUGGGGAGACGUAACGCCAUCCGUCCGGGCUCCAAGGGUCGGCAGGCUCGGUCUGCCACGUCGCCCGACUCAGACGGACCUUGUGACAGCGACACUGAGGGACGCAGACUGUCAGGGGAGAUGAUUUCAAUGAAAGACUUGGCGGCCUCAAACAAGGUGUCGCUUGCCAUCAUGCAGAAGCAGCUGUCUGAGUCAGCGAAUGGAUAUCCCAGAACGGUCUGCGGCAGCUCGCGCCACAACGGAUUCUCUGGGGGGGUCGGCGCCCUCGGUAUCAUGAACAAUAGGCUGGCAGAGACAAGUAACUCCAGGUAGACGCAGCAACAUGGAAAACAGAGCAUGGGAGCUCUUAAUACUUAAACUGUGUAACAAAAUCUGAGGUUGUUUGAAAAAAUAUAAGGCUUUGUUUUCAUGGAUUGCGAAUGAAACUUGUUAUGCAUGACGCAUAUGAUUUUUUUGGUUGGAAUUAAAAAGCCUGUGGGUGAGAAAACAGGUUAAUGUUGGUGAUGGUUGUAGCAAUGGUUUGAUGAUGGCAUGAUGAGAGAACCACAGAGUCAACAAAAUAACCCAGGUUGACCAGGAAGUAGGGCUGCCCCGGCAUACCCGGCCGCGCGUUAGUCGAGGAAAAGCAUCUUAGCCGUCCAAGUUUUUAUAGGUCAGGUAGUCAAGGAAUAAAAAGACCUCAAACUACAUUGAAGAGCUGCUAUUUAUUUGUUGUCAGCCAGUGUGUGCACCUGUUUGUAGUUUUACCAAACCCAGCCUUAGUUGGAUUCAAAGGAAACAAGACUCAACAGGUUUGUUAUGAGAAGUGAGUCUUCCUUGAACAGCACAAGGAUUUCAGUUACAGCCGUCUGCAGAGAGUGUACACAGUCUCAAGUAUCGAGGCUGUUCAAACAGAUGUGUAUUCUGUCCACAGCACUGAGUAAAUCAAGCACCUGAUUUAUGCCAAGUUACCCUGACCUCUCAGAAUCUUUCUUCACUACUUAGUUUGCUAGCUAGCAGCUACGCCAGGCUAAAGGUAACGGAAUCAGCUGAAUCAACAGGAAGUCUCAAAACUACAGUUUUGAGGACCAAAGAAGGGUUUGCACAUCGUUCAGUACCUGCAGGAUUUCACAGGCUUUUUAUUUUGCAUCGGCUUCUUUUGAUAAUCUUGGACUCAAUGCAUGCGAGACAUCAGUUUAAACGAGGGAUCCCGUUGUAAUGAAGAUGCAAAUCCAUUCCAGCACAAAGCCUGUGUCAAAGCCCUGAACAGACAGAGUUGCGCUGCAGGCGAGCAACACCCACUUCAUGUUGUUAUUUGCUGAGCCGGGGAGUGUGCACGUUUAGCUGAUUGCUUUGCCACAAUUCACUCUCAUCGAGAUUGUGGAAAAGUUGCGGCGGUAGGACUUGGUUGAAUUUGCAAUAACGGUUGUGAUCGCAACGUCCCGGAUUUCUGGAGGGACUGAUUGUUGUACUGUGCUUCUUUCUGCAGGUUUAUUGUGGGAAGUGUCCUCUCCAUAAAGAUGUACCACAGACGCAGUGAAGCUCAUGAGUUGUUACGUUACAGUAGUCUGCAGAAAGGAUGCAUUUAAAUACAGUGUCAAGUGCUGUGGCUGUGCAAACAGCUGUGUAUGUAGUCUACUGCACAUGAAACUAAGAGCCUGAUUUAUGCCUAAGUCUAAGUUGACAUGACAUCUCAGAACCAUUCUUCACUACUUAGUUUGCUAGUUAGCAGCUACGCCAGGCUGCCAGGCUUAAGGUAACUGAAUCAGCUUAUACAAAAUACAGGAAGUAUUCAAACUGCAGUUUUGAGUAUGAAGAAGUGCAGGCACCUUAUUAUACUGUAAAAAAAGGUGUCUCCUUUCUGUAUUUUCCAUUACAUAAAGGAUCAUAGAGGCGACCCCUUUUGUUGUUAGCAUUGUCAUUAGCAGGCAACUCGCUUAUAAUAAUUGCUAAGUUGAAAUCUUGAAGGCUUAUUAUGACCUUUUUGUUCUGUAAUGAAGCACAGCAGCAGAUGAGAAUGUUAACUGACAACCUCCUCAACAUAUAUAUAUAUAAUUAUAUUAUUCAAUUCAUUUAAAAAAAACAUGUGGCUACCUUUGCCUGUUGGCUAAAAAUAAUGACGACAAGUCGAAAGGGGAAAUGAUUUAGCCCGGGGCAGCCCUACCUGGAAGCAUGGAUACCAACCCAUCAUCCAUUUCAUUAACCUCCAACACAACGCAGAACAAAUCCCCGAGAGUCUCCUUAAUGUCAGUGUUAGGCCGCAGAGAAUUUAAUCUGCCACACACGCUCAAUAUAUCUCGGACAUGUCGAGCUGUGAUGGAGCCGAGACAAGCGACCAGUGCAAUUGUUUCUGGGUUUUUAUUUGAAUGUACAUAUUGAAUGCUGACAUAUAAAGUGUAAUCACUGAAUGAUAUAGCACAUACAGAUCUAUGCAUUUUACUUCUCAUGCAUUUUUUUGCACCAUUUCUAGACCUUCCAUUGAUUGUGUAACAACCGUUUUUUCCUUGACAUGGUUCAAGUUCUACCCUCGUGAUGGAUUUUUCUUUUUUUUUUAAUCUGGAGGCGGGAAAGGAAAGAAGCGUUUAGCUUAGCAUGGCUGCGAUGCUGCUGAUUGUGACAGAGCUGUUGUAAGUCUGCCGCACUAACGGACUACGAGAGAGUUUAUUUCCUAGAGCUCCAGCUUGAGUUGAAGAAUGAAAAUCCAUUUCUCGUGAGAGGGGAACUUGCCUUCUUAUCAGCUCAGAAAAUGCUUCUGCGUCCAAAGACUUUGACUCGGAGGGUGUAAAGAAGGCACCUAAGCUAACGUCUGUCUGCAAGGGGAAAAAAAUGAUAAAGUCAUGCAAUGUGUUUAUUUCUCUUCAAAAGCAGUAUUUAGACUCGUGUAUUUAUAAAGCAGAAUAAAUGAGGGGGAAGUUUAUGUCUUUUUAAGUGAAUAGUAAGGGAGUCAAGAAGAAGAAGAAGAAGGAGGUAAACUAUAGAUGGAUUUAUCCAGCAGGCGUAUUAUGUUAAAAAGAAGCCGGGUCAAUCUAAGACGCUGAAGUGGAAAACAAAAACCCUCCAGGAUUCUACCACUUAUCGAUUAAACUUUUGUGAGGAUUUUUUUUUCUUUCUUUGCAGAUACAAAGCAUGAACCAAAUGCCUGCAGAGGAUGGCUUUCCCCUUGAAUAAAGUGUUUAAGUGUAGCCAAGGAUUAACGGAUGGGAGGUGUUUGCAGAGGAUAUGUUUCUUCCCUGUCAGGCUGCACGAUCAAUGUCCUCCAAUGCAGGCAGCCAUCCCUUCUUAGACAUCAGUGAUUAAAAGCAACGCGAUGGUGUUUGACAUUUUGUGAACAGCAGACAGAGGAGGAGACGUUUUUAGUUUAACUGUCUGGAAGGCGGUGAAGGAGGAAGUGGACUAGAUACACGGCCCCGGUGACAGCAGAAGAGACGGGGGUAGAGAGGGUGUUAAUCCUCCCCCUUCAUAUCCAAAUUCAUGCCCGAUUGAAAAAUCGAUGGCACUCUCUAAGCCACGAGCAAGACUUUUCUUGGCGUCCAUCUUCAAAAACCAAUAUCCUCCAAGGCCACUCACUUCUUCCCUGUCAUCUCUGCAUUAUCUUUAAACACACUGCACCAAAGCACAGGGGCGUGUCCAGACCUUUUUUGAGUCGGGUUGGCCCAACUGGGGAAAAAAAAUAAUGCAGCGUAGGCAUGAUUUGUGUGUGUGUGCACAAACAUACAUGUUGGAAAAUACUUUGAAUUUUAAGUUCCUUUUUCGAUACUUCAACUCAUUCGGUCUUGUGUUGAACAAUGUGGCCCCUUCAAACCUUCCAUAUUUCAUUCUUUAAAGACUCAAAACCCAAACAAAACAAUGUGCUUCCUGUUAUAGGUGGCAGGUUAAAGCCUCUAAAAACAAGGCCAAAGAAGUUGCUUUGAACUAAGUCCCGCCUCUGACCAGGAAAACAACCAAUCAGAGUUUAGUUUGAUAUUUUUUGCACCAUGGUUUUUUUUUUUUUUAAAGGGGGGGCCACCACACCCCAGGCCACCCCUGGACACACCCCUACUAAAAAUCCUCCUGCUUCCUUUUCCUCGCAGACCUCUGCUCUCUCCUCACGCUCAUCACCCGUACACUGUGAAUAAGAUGAGACAUGCCAUAAAUCUAUAUAUAUAUAUAUAUAUUUAUCACAUUGAGAUGUCUUACAAAGCGCUUUUACAAAAAGGCGUGAAUUGGUUUGGUAUCUCUGUUUAUUUUCAUCCUGUUUGUGCAUAGAUCUGAAUAAUUUCCUGUACUCCGAUACUACUCCACGCGGAGGAAUAGAGAGAAAAUGACUCAGGUAGUUAAAUCUUCAGGCUCGUCUUUAGUCUUUUUUCCUGCAUGCCAUUACGGUAAAGCCAUAAAAGAUAGCUGUAUAUAAAAACAGAGGACUCUUUCAAGUCUAUUUUUCUACAUAUAGCUUUCAAAUAUCUACACGUGAAUGAUUGAAGAAGUCUCACUGUCAUAUUUAUCUUACUGGAGCAGCAGUCAGAAGUGAAGAAUCAUGGAUGUUAGGUUACAAAUGCAACGCUGUUUUUUCAGAUUUUAAAGAGAAGUGUGACAUUUUGGGAACAUGCCGAUUCACUUCAGUCUUGUCAUGGGUAAGAAGAUUGAUACCACUGUUGUGUCUGCAGAGUUUGUUAGCUUUGUUUGGGAUAAAGACUGGAGCGAGCGAGGUGUUCAACCACAAUAUGCAACUUUCACAUCUUUUUAAUAUCAAUACCAUGAUGGUAACAGUUUUUAAUUGAUGCUAUACGCAGGGGAUGCUUUCGGGCCAGUGGUUCCCAUUCCUUGGAAUAGCAGGGUCUCUGUCCAUGGUGCUGAAAUUUGCAACGAUGGAGAAAGAAUUCCCAUAGUUAAAAGUAACAUUCUCAGCCUUU